CUGGAAUGUUUUUGCAGCUAUGGAAUUUAAGAUGUGACUUCACUUUUUGAUGCCUAUGUAUAUAGUUCUAGUUCAUUCUGAGGAAAGUGGAUAGUUGCAUCAGCGAUCAACAACAAUGUCUGCAGCGAAAAGCAGGAUGCGCAACAAACACAUGAGAGACCAGCCUAGCAAUGUCACCUACUCAUCCGGUGGCUGGCGCAACGGAGGAGAAGGUCGGCCUCCUGGUGACUCCCAGCCGGGGAAGAGACAGGGCUUUGGCAACCAUGGAGGUGGUUGGGUACGGGGUCACCAGCCAGGUGGCUCUACAUACCCCCAGGAGCUCCCCAAGUACAUCACAAGCACCUAUUUUGCCAAGGCCAGGGCGGCGGAGGUGAAGGCUAUGCUGAGAGCGGUCAACAAGACGACAGGCAGCUGCCACACGUUCGGGGCCCUGCCCAAACACAUGCGGCGCAGGGCCAUGAGCCACGACACCAAGCGGCUGCCCAAAAGGCUACGAGAAGGGGCACAGAGGAUGUUGGACAAAAGCCUGCAGAUGGGCAAGAAGGAGGAGUCGAAGACCAAGAGCCGAAAGGCGCGGCGUCGGCACGGCAACCUGCUGCUGGAGUUCAACCGGCGGCAGCGCAAGAACGUCUGGCUAGAGACCCACAUCUGGCACGCCAAGCGCUUCCACAUGGUGAAGAAGUGGGGCUACUGCCUGGGCGAGCGACCCACACUCAAGUGCUACCGCGCCUGCUACCGGGCCAUGAGCAGCCACUGCCUCCUGCAGGACCUUUCCUAUUACUGCUGUUUGGAGCUGCAGGGACCAGAGGACCAGCUCCUUAGUGCCCUCUCCAGGCUGACUAGUAAAGAUGCAGGGCCAACGUUCGCGGCGGUGCUGUGCCUGUCCGGGCGGAGACAGGGUAGUGUGGUCCUGUACAGGGCUGACCAGUACCCGAGCCAGCCCCUGGGCCCUGUGCUUUUCCUCUGGAGACCCCGUACCCAGGGCUCCACUCACAGGCAGCUGUGGAUAUGGGGACACCCCUCGCUAAAACAGGAUGUCCUGUCUGAGCUGCAGGCAGUCUGCCAGUGCACAGAGGCUGUGGUGCCCCCUACUGUAAUUGCAGUGCCAUUGCCAGAACUAAAGCAAGAGUCAGAGGAGCCCAGCCCAGUUGCGGCAGCACCCUUGGUCUCCACACCAACGCAGGCCAAGGGGAGGAAGAGGAAGAGGGCAGAGAAGGACCCUGGUGCCCAGUCGGCCAAGAAGAUUCUUGGGGAUGGAACUCGUUCACCCACCUGCCCAAUCACAUGGAAGUCCGCCUCAACAGAAAUUGUCAUUAAUGACCUGACCAUGGAAAUGGUGCGCUACCGUCUUAUUGGUCCCCUCUCCCACUCUGUCCUGGCCCAGACUCUGUACCCUGCCACAGACUGCAAUGAAGAGGCCAAGAGUGGCCAGUCCUGCUUCUGGUGGCCAGAGCACUGCAAACAGGAGCAGAACAUGGCUCUUCACCGAGAGCAGAGCGACCUCUUCCAGCUGCUCAAAGGUGUGUUUUCCACUACGGAGAUCCCAGCGGGUACUGUGUUGGGCCUGACAGUAGACGACCCCCGGAUCUUCCUGCCUCGACACAGAGGGUACGCUCAACCUGACCUGCAGCAGGCCAUCGGUGUGGAUGAGGAGAAGAGGAGGGCCCUGACUCUGCAGGGAGCCCCGGAGCACUGCUGCCAGAGUGCAUUGUGGGAGCGCAGCGUGAGGGACAACGUCACCGAUAACAAGAUGUCUGAGCAGGAGCUGAAUGGGAAGCGUCGUGAGGUGCUGGUGCCGGGCUCCAGGCUAUCGCCCACCCCGCUGCAGGGCCGCGUGCCCCUGUUGCUGGUGCACCAGCCGGGCAAGCAGCUGGGCCAGGAGAUGGGCUCCUGGGGGGCCGGCUGGGACCUGCUGAUGCCCAAAGGAUGGGGCAUGGCCUUCUGGGUGCCUCUGGUGUACAGAGGGGUGCGUGUGGCCGGCCUGAAGAUGAGCGUUAAACACUCCCAGUUCAAGGGGGUGCCCCACUUUCCCAACGAUUACCCAGACUGCCCCGCAGGCGCCCGCUUCCAGGACGAACAGGAGGCAGAGCUCCUGGACAAGUUUACAAGGCGACCGCCGGCCAAGCGGGCCAAUUAUAUCAAGCACGGUUGCCUGGCACCGUUCCGCUGCCCCUGGCAACAGCUGGUGGAGGAGUGGGCAGAGAUCGUCAAGGAGGAGCCUGCGGAGAGGCGUGAUGGUGGCCAGGAUGGCACUGAGAUGGCAGCAGUGGUGGGACCCAGCAGAUUCUCUGUGCUCAGGAGCCGUAAGGUGCUGAGGCAGCUGUCGGCCUGGUGCCAGCCCACCUCCUCCAGGGGCCAGAGGCUCCAUCAGCGGGGACGGGGUGGCGUCACCCACCAGGCAAUACCCCCACAGGCCCCUCUCACCCCAGCCGCGGCAGCCUCUCUGCGGGCUGCGCACGGCCACCACAGCCUGGUGUGGGCGCGCUUCUCCCUGCUCUCCAAGGGCCGGCCGGAGCUGCACGCCAUGGUGUGCGUGCCCACGCCGGAGGACUUAAAGCUACUGCCGAAGAAGCACCAGGGCCAGGACCUCGUGGCCACCACCAGCCUCCUGGAGCCCAGGCACAAGGACCACCACAGGAAGCGCGUGAGGGAGGCACACAGGGAGGAGAGGAGGAGGAGGAAGGUGGAGAAACUCAAGAUGAAAGGAGGUACAGAGGUCAAGAAGGAAGAGGAGGAGGAGAAGAAGGAGGUGAUUAGGAAGGAGGUGCCUGUUCCUGAUGUGGUCGUCUUGAAAUCAGACCCACCCUCUGACCAAACACAGAUGAUCGUUGAACAGCCAAGCAGUCAUCCUGUGCCAUCUCUCGCCCUGAAACAAGAGGUUGUGGAUGCACCAGCCAAAACGUCUGAUGGCGAUCUGGCCCUUGGCCCAGCCCCACAGGGGGAAGACCAGAAGCAGGAGAGGCUGGUCCUGGGGCUGUGGCCGGACCCCCUGCCCAGCGUGACGUCGCACUGCUCGCGCGUGACCCUGGGCUGGGUGACGCAGGGCGACUUCUCGCUGGCGUCGGGCUGCGGCGAGGCGCUGGGGCUGGUGAGCGUGUCGGGCCUACUGCACGCGCUCCUGACCCAGCCACCAGAUCAACGGGGCCUGCUGCUGCUGCGAAACCCCUCCUCCCUGCAGUACCGCUUCGCCAAGAUCACCAUUGAGGCCUGAGACCACCAUGAGCUGAAACCUUGCUGGGCAUGUGUGUG